AAUAUAGAACCCUGUUCCCACCGGCGCUCACUGCACCUUCCCCAGCGGCCACCACCCGAGGCCGGUCCCCGCUGACCCGCCUCCGUGGACCGGGGACACGCGGCGGCGACCGGCGAGGCGGUCCCUGCUUCCUCUUUCUACUCCUCACAAGUAUGUAUGACACGCACCACCCGCACCGCACCCACCCACCAACCCGACCUUCCGCUGCUCACACACACACACACACACACACACACACUCUACACGCGAGCGAGACCACGCGCCGGACCGCCGCAAGCCGGCCGCCGCCGCCGCGACCUGGAGCUUGCGAGCUAGCUCUGGCCUCGCUGCCUGCGCCGACUGAGAUGGACCCGCGCUUUCCGCUGCCGGCCGCGGCGGCGCCGUCCACGGGCGGCGGCGGCGGCGCCAGAGGGCACCACCGGCGGGCCCACUCGGAGACGUUCCUCAGCUUCCACGACGCGGACCUGCUCCUCGACCCGGACGGCGACUUCUUCUCCGACCUCGACUUCCCCUCCCUCUCCGACGACUCUCCGGCCGCCUCCGACCCCACCCCGCCGCCGCAUCCGCAGCAGCAGCCGCCGCAGGCUUCCCCGGCCCCACGUCCGCCCGGCGGGACCCACACGCGGAGCCUCUCCCUCGACGCCGCCUUCUUCGAGGGCCUCGCGUUUCAGGGACCCAGUGGGAGCGCCGGGGGUGGAGGUGGGCCCGGCCACAAGAGGAGCGGCUCGAUGGAUGGGGACACCUCGCCGUUCGAGGGCGAGUCGGCGCUCUCCAGCGGCCUGCCGGACUACGCCAAGAAGGCCAUGCCCGCCGAGAGGAUCGCCGAGCUCGCGCUCAUCGACCCCAAGCGCGCAAAGAGGAUUCUGGCGAACAGGCAGUCGGCAGCGAGGUCAAAGGAGAGGAAGAUCAUGUACACUAGUGAACUGGAGAAGAAGGUCCAGACUCUGCAAACGGAGGCCACUACGCUGUCAGCACAGCUGACCCUGCUCCAGAGGGAUACAACUGGUUUAACUGCCGAAAACAGAGAGCUCAAGCUUCGGUUGCAGUCCAUGGAAGAGCAAGCUAAACUGCGGGACGCUUUGAAUGAAGCCCUGCGAGAAGAAGUCCAGCGACUUAAGAUAGCCGCAGGACAAGUCGGGAACAUGAAUGGGAACCCCUUCAAUGGUGGACUCCAGCAGCAGAUUCCAUCCUAUUUCGUGCAGCAGCAGCAGCAGCAGCAGACACCGUACUUUGGUGGCCACCAGGCUCAGCUUCACAAUCAAAAUCAAAACCAUCGUCACCAGAUCUCGUCAAAUGUUGGGCAGACGCUCAGUGGUCAGUCCCUAAACGACUCCAUGGAUUUCAUGUGAGGAGUACAAUAUCAGGGCCAGUAUUACAUCGUAUACCGACUGCAGUUCAGCACUGUAAAAAAGAUAGCUAAUGUACAAUGUAUGCAUGUGCCUCAUUGGUAGUGUGUAGUUAGCUCUUCUUUGUAUCAUUAUUCUGAAAAUGGCUCGUGUAUGUCAAAAUGAUGUCUCUUUUCUUCUUUGCUGGUUUCUGGAGUAAUGUGUUAGACUGACUAGCUACCUUUAACAAUUUAUGUAAAUCUUUAGCUUUUUUUUUAAUGGUGGAAGGUUCUUAU